AUGUUUUUAAUGUGGUUAUUUGCCAUGAGUGUGUUUCACUCCUCUUUAGGACAGAAUAGUUUUCUCCGUGCAUAUGCUCCUGGGAAUAUCAUCAUUGGAGGACUUUUCCCCAUUCAUUUAAAAACCAAUAGGACUAACACUUCUGCACCUCUCUCCUGUAGUGACUAUGGUUUAAAAACAUUCCUGCACAGUCAAGUGAUGAUAUACGCCAUCAGCAAAAUCAACCUACCUAACAUCACCAUAGGAUACGACAUCUAUGACACUUGUGGAGAUGUUGGCCUCGCCUUGAGAGCGACUCUCCAGCUGCUGAAGAACCAGUCAGACCCACAAAGCUGUUUGGUGCCAGCAGAUGCUCAGUUUGACUUACCUGAACCCGAAACCAAGGUGGUGAUCGGGGAAAGGUACUCAGAAGUAUCGAUAGCUGUUGCACGACUUAUUGCUCUGUCUUCAGUUGCCCAGAUUAGUUAUGCAUCCACAAGUGAGCUGCUGAGCAGCAAGUUCAAGUUUCCCACUUUUCUGCGAACCGUGCCUAGUGACAAAUAUCAGACAAGAGGUAUUACUGAGCUGGUGAAGAUAUUCCACUGGAAAACAGUGAUUAUUGUGGGAAGUGAUGAUGAGUAUGGGAAAUAUGGCAGUGAUAGCCUUCAAGUCAACUUCAACAACGAGAAUAUCUGCAUUGAAUUUGUUUACAUCUUGUCCGCUGAUUUUACGACAAACAAUAAUAGCAUGAACCAAACUGAGUUGAAUGAACUACUGGAAAAAAUCCAAAACUCGUCUGCUGAGGCCAUCAUCAUCUUCACAAAGGACACUAAUGCAGAAAUCAUCCUGGAAGCAGCUAUUAGACACAGAGUCAACAGAACGUGGAUUGCAAGUGAUGCAUGGUCCAGCUCUUCACAGAUCUCUGCAAUGCCAGACAUCGAGCUGGCAGGAGAAGUUUUUGGGUUCGUAUUAAAGCAGAAAGAGGUGCCUGGCUUUAAAGACCAUGUCAUGUCAAUGUUUAAUGGAACUAAUAACACAAUUCUUAGAGAUUACCAGAUGCAGCAUCCACUUUCUGUAAAUCAGUCUGAAGAAGAAAGAAAGCAAAAUCUGGCUUCUUACAUCGACCAGGAUGAAUCUUAUGGUGUCUAUUUAGCAGUUCGAGUCAUUGCUGAGGGGCUCAGAUGCUUGCUGAAGUGUAACGACCAUCGGUGUGAACGAAGAUCCAGUUUCACAGCCUCAGAGCUUCUAUCGGAAAUCCAGAAAGUAAACUUUACUGAGAACAACACACAAAUAUACUUCAAUAGUGAUGGAGAUCCCAGUUUGGGAUAUGAUAUUGUAUACUGGAACAGGUCUGAAUGCAAAAAGUGUAUGAUAAUACAAACUAUUGGAGAAUACAGUCCAGAUGGAAAAAUUACAGUCCCAACAGACCUUUUCAGACACCUCAUAAAUGACAUGGUCUCUGUUUACAAUUGCUCAAAAAAAUGUAAAGCAGGACAAGGAUUUACAUUAAAAGGAAAGUGUUGCGGAGUUUGUAGUCCGUGUGCAAGUGGAGAGAUUUCUGAUGGAAAUUAUUCAACAUGCAAGCAUUGUGAAGACGGGGCAUAUUCUCGUCCUGAAGAGAAUACAUGUUCGAAAAAAAGUGAUGACUAUCUCGCUUGGGCAGAUCCCUUCUCAAUCAUUCUCAGCUCCCUUGCAGUCGUUGGGAUCAUUGCUACCGUUGUGUUUGCUGUUCUGUUUGCAGUAUAUCUUAAAACUCCCAUUGUGAAGGCAGUUGGAGGUUAUUUGUGUUUUCUGGAGCUUUUUGCAUUGCUGGCUGGCUUCUGUCUUACAUUCACCUUCAUAGGCAAACCUACUGAGAAGAUUCACUGUGUAGGUGUUCCUCUCUUCGGCAUAGCCUUUACUCUCUGCAUCUCUUGCAUUCUUGCAAACUUGCUUCAGAUCUUCUUGGGCUUCAAGUUUGACCUUAAGGUAGAGUCUUGGAUAAAGAAGCUGAAUAAGCCAUUGGUGGUGGUGACCAUCAUCUCUGGGAUUCAGUUAGGCCUAUCUGUGUCAUGGCUGACCAAAGAACCACCACAUCCUGACAAUCAAUCUUUAGAUUACACUAUCCUAUACAACUGUAAGAUUGAGCCCCAUAGAUACUUUAUAGCCAUGUUAGUCUACAAUGCUUUCUUGGGCCUUAUUUGUUUCGUGUUUGCAUUCAAAGGUAGACAGCUGCCAGAUCUGUACAAAAAUGCUUCUUUGAUCACCAUCAGUAUGCUGAUGUUUGUAGUCAUCUGGAUUAUCUUCCUCCCCAUUUAUUUGACCUUGACAGGGAAAUACCAACCAGCAGUACAAAGUGCCGCUAUCCUCACUUCCUGCUUCAGCAUCCUUGGUUGUCACUUGGCCCCAAAGUGUUAUAUUAUGUUGUUCAGGAAAGAGCUUAAUCAUGAGCGCGCCAUUGCUGAAUACAUUAGGAAGUAUUAUGAGCAAAAGGGUAUUUCUGUGGUCCGCUCGCAGUGUCACACUUAA